AUGUUCGAAUUGUGGUUAAAGUCUGUUUUGAUUUAUUCUGGAUUCUAUUCAAGAUACAUAAACAUUUUCAAGGCAAAACCAGAGAGAGAAAGUAUAGAAAUUUCAGGGCCCGUUUUACUUUUUUCUUUCUUUUUUCCUAUGUUACAAAAGAAACGUAUAGCAGUGCUUUGUCUUGCUGCUACUUUACUGUUGUAUGUCUUGUAUCUGUUUAUCAACCAUCGUCAUGUCAUUAUAGAACUUGUACAAACCACGGCUAUUGAGUUACGCACACAACCCUAUAGUUCCAUACUACUUUCAUGCUUGAUUAUAGUGACUUCAAUACCUCCCAUGAUUGGAUUUACAUUCAUGACCACACUGACUGGGUUUAUCUAUGGAUUCCCUGGUGGUAUUUUACCUGCUGUGUGUGGUGCAUUUAUGGGUGCCAACAUUGCAUUUGGGUUGAUUCGAACUUUUGAAUUCUCACGAUGGGUUCGACUAUCACCUUCGAAACAAGAGAAAUAUGUAGCUAUCCAAGAAGCCAUUGAACAGGGUGGAUUUAAGAUGAUGAUGUUAAUUCGUUUGAGUCCUAUUCCUUGGCCCAUAACCAACAUGCUAUUGUCUGUGUUGCCUACCAUUACCACGCAACAAUUUGUCUUGUCAAGUGCACUUUCUUCUAUCAAAGUAUCUUUAGAAGUCUGGAUUGGGUCUCAAUUGGCUGAUUUAUCCAACCCUCAUUUACCUCCUUCAGCUCAUCGCAUCACCAUGUUGACCAUGGGUUGUAGUCUUACCAUGUUAGUGGGUGUUGCUUGGUGGCUUUAUCGCUUAACCAUGCAAAAAGUAGAUGCUUUACGAUCUAUUCAGACAGAACCUGUCUUGUCUAUGGUCACCAUAGAUCAACCCAAAAAAGAAAUUUAAAAUAAAU